UGCAUCGCGCCGGCUCUACGCGCUACCCGGGCUCCGGGCUCCGGGCCCGCACCGCCCCAGGUGGCAGAGGGGGCAGGCGGCCGUCCGCGCCGCUCGGUCACUUGCUGCAGACGGGCCCCGCUGCGCCCGCGCCAGACAUGGCCCCUCCCCGGCCGGCCGCGCUCUGCCCGGACCCCCGCCCCCUGCUCGGUGCUGGCCCCGGGCCCCUCGCCCCACACUCGCCCGGGCGCACCGCAGGGCUUGGAAAGCAGCCCCGGCAAACGAAAAGGCGAGUGAGGAGGCGGGCGCGGGUGGGAGGAGCAGCCAGCAAGCCUAGGAGUCCAGAGAGCCAGCGCCGGGGAGGCAGCGAGGAGGCAGGCGGGCGGGCGAGCGCUCCUUCUUCCCGCUCCUCUGGCGCUCUCGCCCUCGGGCGGCGGCGACCCACCCUCUUCCAACCUCUGGCGCGGAUAGCAAGGGCCCCGGGGCGCUCUCCCAGCCUUGUGCGCCCUGGAUCGCACAAGAGGCCGCCUCGGGAGCGCCAGAGUGAGCGCUCGACAAAUGUUUACUGAGUGCCCACGGGGUGCCUAGAGCAUGGCCGGACGUCGCGGGGAUGCGGCUGGAGGAAUCCGAGCCGGCCCUGCCCUCUCGGCACUCGCGGUCCGGACCAGGAAGGCGGCCCGAGCAGGACGGGUGGGCUGCGGACCGCGGUGGGAAAAGUUGGGGGAGCGCGGAGGUGACGCGGAAAUAGAAGGCUUCCUGGAAGCGGUGACCCUUGAGCCGGUCUUGCCCCUCAGUCCCUGUAUCCUUUUAAGCCAGCCACGCUGACCCCUCCGCGCCUCCCUGAAGCCGUUGCCAGCCUGUCUCUGCGCUCGCCAUUCCCUCCGCCUGGACCUCUCCCCGCUCACCACCUCCCGCCCCCAUCAGACGCUGCUUUCUCCUCCCAGAGACCUCCAAGACCUGCCAAGCUGAGGUUGUUUCCUCGCCUCGCCCCUCGCACGUUUGUUUUCUUUCCUGUACUUUCUCUUGCUGUCUGGAAUUGCUGUUUGAGUUACUCCGUGCCUUCUUUAUUGCCUUCUUACCCCCGCUAGACACCCAGAGCACUGGGGCCCGGAU